AUGAGUUGGGGAAAAAGUUCUGCUGACUGGUUACAUGUAUGUAUUCAAUAUGUUGAAUCGGCUAGGGAUAUUUGUAAUUUAGCUUUAGUAUGUCAUGACUGGUACAUAACAAUACAGUGUUCUUUGCAAUCACAAGAUUUCAUCCAGGGACGAGAAUCUUUAUCAAUAGAACAUACCAGUGAAUUUAUAAAAAACAUUGUAAGUGAUAUGAAUAUUGACAAGUUAAUGCUAGACUGUAAUUGUUUUCCACACUUAAUAUCGCUGAAAAUUGUUACUUCUAAUUUGGCCUCUGAAGUAGUUGACUACAUUAUUCAAAAUGCCCAGAAUUUAGAAUCUUUGCAAUUAUGCUUAAAUUACCCUUGCCCGAGUUAUUUUAUACAAAGACUUUGCUCCAAAUUGUUAAAUCUCAAAAAUAUUUCUAUAAUUAUAAUGAAGUAUCAGUAUAAUAAAAAUGGUGAUAUGGCAGUUUCGGUAGUCAAGAAGCGUCAUAUGGUUGUAAAAAGACCACGUAUAUACUCUGAAGAUGCUCAGCUUUUAAAGGGCAAUAGUAUUUGGAGAUAUUUAGAGUUUUAUACUCAAGACAUCUUCGUUUAA